AACUUUCGCUGGCGUUGGCCCAGUUGUGUUGUUUACGUGAAAACGUGCGCGUGAAACGCCGUCGUCGCCUCGUCAGCCAUUUGGUCCAAUGCGGAUGCAGUGCAGCAGCAGCAGCAGCAGCAGCAGUAGCUGAGUUAACCAAGUCCAGUCCCAAUCAUGAAGUUCGCCGAGCAUUUGUCGGCGCAUAUAACGCCAGAAUGGCGCAAACAGUAUAUCAAUUAUGAGGAAAUGAAGGCAAUGCUGUAUGCCGCCAUUGAACAAGCUCCUUCCGCGGAACUUGUGGAUCGCGAGAUGCUCACGCGCUACUUUGCCAAGUUCGACGAGGAGUUCUUCCACUAUUGCGACAAAGAGCUGGCCAAGAUCAAUACGUUCUACUCGGAAAAGAUGGCGGAGGCAACACGUAAAUAUGGCAGCCUGCGCAGCGAGCUCACCGAAGCACUGGAGAUGGGCCAUGUGAAGAAGCAACCGGCCUGGAAGCGACGCACACCGCUGGGCAAGAAAAAUGUGCCCGCACGCAAAAUACAGGAUCUCAAGUUGGCAUUUAGCGAAUUCUAUUUGGGUCUGAUACUGCUGCAAAACUAUCAGAAUCUCAAUUUUACGGGCUUUCGCAAGAUACUCAAGAAGCACGAUAAAUUGCUCAGCGUGGAUUACGGAGCACGCUGGCGCACGGAUCAUGUGGAGGCGGCGCAUUUCUAUACCAACAAAGACAUCGAUAGAUUAAUACAGGAAACCGAGCAGGCGGUCACACAGGACAUCGAAGGCGGCGAUAGACAGCGUGCCAUGAAGCGUCUGCGCGUUCCGCCGCUCGGCGAGCAGCAGAGUCCAUGGACCACAUUCAAGGUGGGCCUCUUUUCGGGCGCGUUCGUUGUGCUCUUGUUUACCGUCGUCAUAUCAGCCAUGUUCUAUGGCUUUGGUGAGAAUUGGCGCGUUGGAUUGCGCAUGUUCCGAGCACCUUUUCUGAUCACGGAAUGCCUCUUCCUGUGGGGCGUCAAUGUCUAUGGCUGGCGCUCGUCGGGUGUGAAUCAUGUGCUCAUCUUUGAGCUCGAUCCACGCAAUCAUCUCUCCGAGCAGAACAUCAUGGAAAUCGCCUCGGUGUUCGGUGUCAUUUGGGCGUGCAGCGUGCUCUGCUAUAUAUUCUGCGAGCCCCUGGGCAUUCCACAGUACGCGGCUCCAUUGUUCCUCUACACCUUGAUGGUCGCCUUUCUGCUCAAUCCCACAAAGACGUUUCACCACGAGGCACGCUACUGGGCGCUGCGUGUGCUCGGUCGGGUCAUCAUGGCGCCGUUUUGCUUCGUCAACUUUGCGGACUUCUGGCUGGCCGAUCAGCUGAAUAGCAUAGUGCCAGCCUUCCUGGACAUACCCUUUCUCAUGUGCUUCUUUGGCCGGAAUCCCACAUGGCACAAAGCCGGCGAGGCUGGCAAUCACUGUGUGCAGCAAAUAUCCAUUCUGCAUCCCAUUGUGGCCAUUCUGCCGGCCUACUUUCGCUUUGCCCAGUGCAUACGACGCUAUCGGGAUACGAGGGAGUUCUUUCCACAUCUGGUGAAUGCUGCCAAAUAUGCGACGUCCUUCUUUACGGUUAUUUUCGCCCAUAAAUAUCACACGACAACGGAUAGCUAUCCGCUGUCGAAGGAGAAUCCUUGGUUCUACUGCUGGAUAGUCUCGGCAUUGUUCUCCUCGUGCUACGCCUACACGUGGGACAUCAAAAUGGACUGGGGCCUGUUCGAUGCGAAGGCGGGCGACAAUCGAUUUUUGCGUGAGGAAAUUGUUUAUUCAUCGACGUGGUUCUAUUACUUUGGCAUUAUUGAGGAUUUAAUAUUGCGCUUCAGCUGGACGCUGUCGAUGAGCCUCAUCCAGGCGGGCUAUAUCGAGGGCGAUGUUAUGAUGACCAUUCUAAGUCCACUGGAGGUAUUCAGGCGCUUCAUCUGGAACUACUUCCGCCUGGAGAACGAGCACUUGAAUAACGUGGGCAAGUUUCGGGCUGUGCGCGAUAUAUCAGUGGCGCCCAUGGACUGCUCAGAUCAGACCACAAUUUUGCGCAUGAUGGAUGACCCGGAUGGCGUUAUCAACCGUAGGCGGGGCAAAGCCUCGGGCGGCAAAUCUGGCAACAAGAAGAACAAACAUGAGCAGCAGAGAUUGCUGCUGCAGGGCGAAUCCGUUGAGGACCUGUGUGCAUAGAGCACAGCUCGCGGCUUAUCAACUCAAUGUGCGCAAAUAUUAAGUAUACGUAAAUGUAUAAGAAAUAAAACAUCAACAAAA